CUGAACAUGUCUACCAAAAGUAACCUAUAGCUGAUGCACACGUUCAAAUAAAAGAAAGAGAAAAAAUAAAAUCUGCAUAAUAACGUUUACUCGCCACGAGAACAUCAAAUUCCUCAAAAUUAAGGGCUUUUUCGAACGAUUACACCCAUACAGGAGGACGAGUAGAACCAGAACGAUAUAACGGCAACCGUGUGCGAAUACGUGAUAGUUCUCCUUGUGCUGUGAAGUGGCUACCAUGAAACUGCAUCUUCUCCGUGUCGCUUUGCUGUUUUUCCUAAAUGUGCAUUACUGCGAUGGUAACUCGUGCUGCGGUCUUCAAGGCCCGCCAGGACAACCCGGGAUUCCGGGAACUCCGGGUACACCGGGUACCCCAGGAGCCCCGGGAGCCUCAGGCUCUCUGACGUCCGUGUGUUGUCCGGGAUCCGGUCGACGAUGGAAACAGUGCGCCUGGGUACACGAUAACACAAAAGAUGACAGGGACAGUGGACAAGUACUUAAAUGCGACUUUGUCAAGUUAAGAGACGAUUCAUACCUUCGUGUGGUUUACAUGGGUAAUAUUCGCAUCCAAGGCUGUACCACAUGUUGUAAGAGAUGGUACUUCACGUUCAACGACGCAGAGUGCACAGAUCCUGCCCCCAUUGACGGUGCACUGUACCAAAGCCUAAACAUUGACAUUCAUCGACCCACUAAUAUCGAAGGAUACUGUGGUGGCAUUGCUGCUGGGAAAGUACGCGUCGGUUUCAGCCUCGGCAAUUGCAAAGUUUCAUUUAACACUAAUGGUGAUGCAUUUACAGGUUCUAACCAGGCCAACAGGAUCAUUAUUGAAGAAGUGGAGCCGCCAGUUGCUUAAAUCUGCCAAACAAAUCCUGUUCCGAUUUUAUACGUACCUAUCAAUAAAGGGAUGAUUAUCAACUCGGAAGAAGAUAUAUUUUUCCAAGCCUAUGAACUUAAUUGUAUUCCAUUCCCUGAAUUGUGAUUCCACGUUAAAUUUCACGCAAAAAAACCGAUAUCGCACGAAUCGCGAAGCGAUGAAUACGAUAUUGGUUUUUCAAGUGAAAUUUAACGCGGAAUUCACAAGUCAGGUUAUGAAUUUUCUUUUAAUCGCAUAGCCUUCGCAAUUUCACGCUGAAUACCUCGCCUAGGUAACCAAUCAGGGUGCGAAAAUUCUCUGAGCUAUGCAAUUCUAGGAGAAAUAACAUCAAAAGGGUCUUUAUGCCUAAGCCUUUGAGGCGGGAUUAUAUACUUUGGGCCUAGAAUAAGGGUAAUUCUCUCCCAGAGAGGAGGGGCGGUGGGAGUCUCUUGUUGUCUCUAUGUUAGCUGGAGGCCUUUAAUUCUCGCGCGAUAACAAGGCGAUUGAAUUUUUUUUCUUUUUCCGAACUCUUUCGACCUGUGAUCGUGGUCAUGUAUUUAAGAAAUAUACGCCGCCAGCUGUACUCUGCCAAAGUCGGAAUCAUUGAUAAGUUGGCACAAUGUCUCGAUAGCAAGUAAACAGAAAAGGAUGUAUCUAGUGACUUUUUCUCAAAAGGAACUCAGUUACGGUAUUUUGAGUUAAUUACCUUUAAAUUGAAGGAAACCUGAAAAUAGUAGUUCACUA